AUGAGCAAGACGAUGAAGAGCUUCUGGAUGGACUCCAAGAUCCCGGAGGACAGUCGCUGGCACUCCAAGCACGAAGGGGACUUCCGCACCCCCGACCGCCUGGCCGACCACUUCGUGGGCAAGCUGCGUGACGAGUGCCGCGACGAGGUGAGCGAGGUGGCCAUCAUGGUCCGCUUCACGCGCAUCCUCAAGGAGCUGCUGGACUCGUACGAGAGCCAAACGAACCAGCUCUUGAAGCUGGCGGACACGGGGCGCGUGGUGACGCUGCUGCACCGAUACAUCAACAGCGCUCUGGAUACGCUCGACAUCCACGACCCUGAGACUCGCGAGGACUGGCACAACCACCUCCUCACUGAGCGCGAGGACCGACUUCAAGUCUUCAAGGACUUCAUCCGAGACGACGAGCAGGUGGUGGCAGCGCUGGGCAACCAGAACCAGCAGCUGGAGAUCGUGACGUUGCUGCGCUACUGUGUGGAGAAGUAUCACGACGGCCUGACUCCGUUCGCUGGCAAGGACGAGAAGUACCGGGACAAGUUGACGUCGGGGGAGUUGGAUACCAUCGCCAUGGUGUACGACGUGGUGGUCCAGAAGGCCGGUGUUGUAUCCGGAAAGUUGCCGGACUGGUUCGUCACCUCUGAGCACGAGUGGGCCUGGGUGAACAAGGCCAAGCUGGAGGACAGCAAGUUAGGAUGGGAGGACGUCGCGAGGGAGAAAGAUGCCGAUGAAAAUGUGAGUGAUGAAGUGCGAGGCGAACUCAACCACCCGCACUUGAGGAAGUUCUACGGCGCGUCGUACGUCGGCAAACCUUUUGUCAUUCACGAAACGUGCUUCCCACCUACCUACGAGAAGGACGUGUGGCGCUACUUGGCGAACUCUGCACUUGGCCUCCAGUAUGUGCACGAUCGUGGCCUCGUGUACCAUGACGUGACUCCUGCGACGCUCUUGAGCAGUUACUCAGAACGCCGAGGUGUCUUGGAUGGAUUGGGCUUGGUGCCUCGAAGCCGGGUGGAUCGCUCGCACGUGAUCGGAAACCCUGUCGGCGGAAAUCAAGGUGAUGACCAGGAAACAGCAGUGAGCUAUGACGUGCUGAGAUUUGGUAUGGCUGUGUUCUUCCUCCUUCUCGGGGCUCGCAAUUCAAACCUCCCGGGGGCAACUCGAGACAAAACGUUCGAUUCGUGGAAGCACAAAACCACUACGCGCCUCCCUGACGCUAAGCCAAGAUUCAUCACCACUGAUGAAUGGGAGAUCCUUCAAGAUUUAUGUGCCGAGAGCCCUGCUGAUAGGGCUAAGCUGGAAGACGUGGUUUUCAAGAUGGAGUUGUUGGCGAAGGAUGAAACUCAAGACAGUGCGAAUCAAACGCAGCAGCAAAAUGACAUCUCGAGCUAUGUCAUCCCAAGCUACGGAUCCACGGUCCGUGAACUGCUUGACGAGCUGCUGGAAGAACAUGAAGAUGAGUUCACCCCCAUGGAUCAGUCGGUGUUUAAUCGUCUUGAAGACGUUUACAACCAGCUGGAGAACGCUGGAGAGUUACCUGAGAUUUUGGUUGAAGACUUCAGCUUGCUCGUCUGUGCCUUCUUCCAGAAGGUUGAGGCCUCUACGUCCGAUAGCUCUAGUGCAUCAAUCCAGAUCGCUUCGCAGUCUGUAGCUGGUCAAAACUACCAUUUCCACCACCAGCUCGAUCAUCUAGUGCAGAGUUUUCCACAGCUUCAAGGCAUGGAUACCGUUCACCAAUGGCAACCUACGUGGGACAAAGCUCAGCAGGACCAACGUGAUGUCUUCUUGGAGUAUCUGAAGAAUCCUUCAACAUUUCUUGGGCAAACGAAUCGGCCGGAGGACAUCGCUAUGUUACGGUUUGAGGCACAGACUCGUGCUGGCGCCUAUGCACCGGAUGUUGUCGAGGCGAUGCACAUGGUACUAAGAGAAGCCGAAGAGCGUGGGAUCAAGAGUGCUAGAGCUAUUCCCAAGUGGUUCAUCCCCAGUUACCAAGUCAAGUUGGAGAAACGAAUUGGAGACGGCGGGUUUGCUUUCGUGAACUUGGGCAAAUGGUUCGGGACGGAUGUGGUGGUUAAGAGACUGAAGCCUGGUGAAGUCAACGAGCAAACUCGGGAGCAAUUCCGUCGCGAGGCAGACUUGUGGUUUAUGCUGAACCACUCCAACUUGAUCAAGUUGUAUGGCGCGUGCUAUGAAGGUAUCCAGCCAUUCUUUGUCUGUGAACGAGCCACGCGCCAGACGCUUACGGACUACUUGAAACCAGAAAAUGGGAGACGCCGCGAGCUGUGGUUCCGCUUGUUGCAAGCGGCUCUUGGAAUCGAGCACCUUCACGACCACAACAUUGUCCACGGAGAUCUGAAGAACGACAACAUUCUCGUCUGUGAGGGAGGAGCAGCGAAGAUCGCAGACUUUGGACUGAGUGUGCUGGGGACCAAUCCUAAGCCGAAGCUAACCACGAAGGCGGUGCGGUGGGUGGCUCCUGAGUGUCUGAUGGGCAAAGCUCCAAGCUUCGCCUCGGACAUUUUCGCGUUUGGAAUGUGCAUCAUUGAGGCUGUCACGGGAACUCUUCCGUGGGGUAGAAGCAUGCCGGAUGAAGCUGUAAUUCACGCCGUGAGGGAUAGGAAAAUGAUCCCUGAGCGCCCAGCAAUCUUCAAGGACAAGGAAUGGGAUCUGGUGGAGAGAAUGUGCCGCUGGGACCCCCACAAGCGCAUUGGCAUCGGUGCGGUGAUCAAGAUCCUGGAAGAUAUCGGUGUGUCGAACUUGAUUGAGACGGGCGGGAAGAUUGGUCCGACCAAGAUUGACGCCAAGCAACGAUUCAAGAGCGCAAUGAGGCAGUAG